GAUGGCCACACUGCGCAACUUCUUGGGUCGCCGGCGGAUUAUCGACUAUUGUCGACGUCUGUUGAGCACGGAUUUGGUCUCGGCUCUGCGUCCGUUUUACCAGGCCAUUCAAACGGAUCGCCUGCCGGCCAAUCCCGCCGAGCAGCGGGUCAACGAGGAGUCACUGCGUCUGCUUAGCUCCCAUCUGGAGUCGCUGACCGGAGCGCCGACGCCCGGAAGUUGUCUUCCGGCCGACGGUCAGCUGGAGUUCUACAUGCCCUCCAGUUCGGAUGCGGCUGGUGGCCAGGUGGUUAGUCGUUUGGUCCGGGUGCAGGUGGACCGGAGUCUGCUGGAUCCCAGGGCGGUGAUAAGGAAUAUCCUGAGAUCCUGUAAGCUGCUGCCGAAGGAGAAGGAACAUAGUCAGUCACAAGAACAGGAGAUGGAAAAGGAGUUGGGAAAAGUGCUGAGAAAGGAGCCAUUGAAGCCGGUCAGGGAGAAAGUAAGACCGCCCCAGGCGUCAUCGCCAGCAGUCCAGCAGAAGAACUUUAGUGCCCUGAAGGAUGCCCUCUUCAAGGAGGCCCACAAGGAGCACUCCCUGGACACCUGGAUGCGUCAGGCGCUGGCCCGCUUCCAGACCUCCGAAGUCACCUCUCUCCGCGCCAAAAUCGAGCAACUGGAGGGUCUACUAGUCCAGUUACUAGGCAUUCGGGGAACCCGCUACGAUUGCGGCUGCAAUAUGGAGCGCUAUCACGAUUGCCUGAGGAAUCUGCAGGAGCUAUCGGAAGAUCAAGGGGUCACCGGCCAGCUGGGAACUCUGCGAAAUCGCUAUGUGGUCUUUGCUCCCUACACUGGCAUCAGUUUGGAGGGCGACGUGAUGCUCUUUUCGGGCGAUUCCGCCACCGGAUGGCUGGCCUUUCUCGCCGAGAUGCGUCUGCACGAGGAGCAACUGCGUCUGGUGCCGCUGUACGAGAAGGCCCUGUCCGCUGUUCUCCUGGGCAUUCGGAUAGAGAGGCGGAGGAUGCCGGAACCCGGAUGCGAGGCUCGUGCCUAUGCGGGCAGCUUGCGCCGGGUAAUCCGGGCGGUCAGCGAGCAUCUGAAGCUGGAGGAGAGUGUCCAGGAGCUGCCCGCCACGCUGCAGGAUCACCAGCUGGCCAUUGUGCCCGAUAGCGAUGCACCACCGAAGGUCAGCCAGACGGGUAUCUUUUUGGCCCCAGCCUCCUGCUCCGGACCCCAGCUGGUGGAGUUCAUUUGCCGCAACCUGGAGGUGGCCAGUGGACGAUCCGGUCGCUAUCGGCGGGACAUCCAGGUGGAGCGGCAGUUGUGGCGGCAGUGCCAGCAGGAACUCGGUCUGCAGCGACUCAGCAAGGACGACUCCGUGACGCCGGACAAAAUGGUUGUGGCCCUGCGGCAUCUGCUCCAAAGUGGCGUCACAUCCUGCCGAGGUCUCAGUCUGCACAUCACCAACUAUUGGUCCGUACCCACCGAUGGCAUCGUCUGCAUUCCCUGGGACUUUAUGACCCGGGAGAAGUAGGGAACUCGAACCGAGAAAAUAAUGUGC